CUCCAAUGCACGAAUGAUAGAGAACUACGUCCGGGGGCCUUGAUAGGUCGCAUGGUGGCAGCUGCUCUAUCUGAUGGAACUUCUAUCCGAUUGAGGUCAAUACAAUGACCCUUUGCACUUCAGAGCACAAUUAAAGAUAUAUAAGGACCAUCCUAUCCUAGACGAAUACCUCAUGUCUACAACCAUUGCUUCAUAACCAGAACAUCCUUGCAGAACUCAACUUUCAAAUCAGACAUGGCACCUGCAGCACUCGUCCCGACUCCGGGCCCCACCCAAGGGUAGUCGGACCAGAAACCAAGAAAAUCACCCAUCCAACCAACAAGAUUCCUCAAUUCCUGAUUGAUGAAGCUCGUUUCACUAUCAAGGAGGACUUCGACCCCAACUUCCAACCCCCCAGCAAGAUUUACACCAUGAAGGAGAUCGGCUUUGAAGGACAUGGGAUUUCUCCCAAUGCAGUCUCAGAGCCCUUUUCCCUCUUUACUGAGGAAGCUAUCAAACAGAUCCGAGCAGAGGUCUUUAGUGAACCUGUGCUCGAGUCGUGCCAGCGCGCUCCGUUUACUUAUGACGCCUGGUAUUGUCCAGAGGUCCUUGCGAAAGUCUCAGAAGUUGCAGGAGUAGACUUGGUCCCAGUCUUUGAUUUUGAUAUUGGUAAUGUCAAUAUCUCGGUCAAUGAUCCGAACAGCACGGAGAAUGGACAAGGCCCGGACGGCUCAAAGUGCGACAAUAUGUCCGUUUUUGCGUGGCACUACGACAGCUUCCCAUUCGUUUGCGUGACAAUGCUGUCCGAUUGCACUGGAAUGAUUGGCGGACAAACUAUGAUCAAGACUGGAACCGGGGAGAAUAUGAAGGUGCGCGGACCAACAAUGGGCACAGCGGUGGUAAUGCAAAGCCGGUACAUCGAGCACCAAGCCUUGAAAGCCCUCGGAGAUUGUGAACGCAUCAACAUGGUAACCGCCUUUCGACCAAAGUCACCAUUUGUCAAGGACGAGAUCAUCGUGACUGCUGUCUGCGAAACCAGCGAUCUUUCAGAGCUUUAUAGCCAGUAUACUAUGUACCGAUUGGAAGUCCUUGAAGAGCGUAUUCGUGCUAAGAUGAAGAAGGAACGGAAAGGGGGUGAGGCUAAACGUUCGUUCGACGUUGAUGAUACAAGGAGGUUCCUGAUAGAGCAGAAGGAAUUCUUGGAGUCUAUGUUAGAGGAGAUUGUGUAAUGCCGUCAGCGAUAGCAUAGUAAUAUGGGGCGAGAGCGACUAAGUAUGACGGCGGUAAGCCCUGAGAUGGUAAUAAAUUCGAUUAUGCACA